CCCUCUUAAUAUCUCCAGCCUGAGAUCCAAGAGGAGAAGAGACAGAGCAGCUGAAGCACACACUAUAUACACACUAUACACACAUACACUAUAAGUACACACACAAGUACAUUGACCAAAAGAAAGAUUUUCACAGACACAUACACAUACUCACAGAACACACAUCUACACACUGGAAACACACAUUCACAUACAGCAACACCCUCUGAUAACAUCAGACAUCUGAAGUGACCCUUGAGAGAGAGAAAGAGAGGACUUUACUGCCUAGACAUGCUGAGGGGGACACUUCUCUGGGCUGGCCUGGUGGGAUUCUAUGUCAUCAUCACCCAGUGUCCAGCCUCUUGCCAGCUGAGCGAGGACGACGCAGAGACCAUCGUGGAGCUGCACAACAGCUACCGUGGCCAGGUGGUGCCCAAUUCCACCUACAUGCAUAAAGUGAAAUGGGAUGAGAAGCUGAAGAUCAUAGCUGAGGGCUAUGCUGUGAAGUGUAUAUGGGAGCACAACCCGGAUCUAGAGGAGCUGAACAUGGGAGAGAACCUGUUUGUGUCCAACGGACUCUUUGACCCCAACAUUGCCAUGGAGAAGUGGUUCCUGGAGCACCUAGACUACGACUACAACAACAACAGCUGCCAGGAUGACAAGAUGUGUGGACACUACACUCAGAUGGUGUGGGCGGACUCUCACUCAGUGGGCUGUGCUGUUCAUCGCUGUGACACCAUGGAGGGGCUGUCCUUUGAGAAAGCCACCUUCCUAGUCUGCAAUUAUUACCCAGCAGGUAACUUUAAUGAUGAGAAACCCUAUGAGGAAGGUGAAUGGUGCUCCAAGUGUCCAGACAACCUGCCGCGAUGUGACCAGAACCUCUGUGUGCCUGAUGCCCCUGAGCUUACAGAGGAGCCUGAUGUAGAGAAGGAGACAAUGGACAGCUCUCCCCCAGGCACUGAUGAGCCCUCCACACACACAGCCACAGCCACAGCCACCACCACAGCCACAGCCACAGAGGACACACCGCCAUCACCACCGAGGACACAACCAGACUACUCAUCAGCCCCUGAGCCAACCAUGGCUAACAGAGAGGAGACAGGCACAGAGCCUGGGGGUGAGGAGGAGGAGGAGGAGGAGGAGGAGGAGGAGAAGUGGGAGGGGGAGGAAAGAGCUACAGAGAGGGAGAAGGACAGUACUAGGGAACAACCUCCGGCCAACGCAGGAAGUGUUUCUACUUCCCUAAUUCUGGUUACUAGCUUGAUGCCUUUAUUGUCACUGGGAUUGUGAGGGAGUUGCAUGAGGGAAAAGUUAUCACACACACAUACACACACUAUCUGGAGUUGAACUGGACAUUGCUGGAAGUUGAAUUACAUUGUGAUAUAAUUAAGCAAAUAAGGGCUGGGGGGUGUGGUAUAUGACCAAUAUACCACAGCUAAGGAAGGGCUGUUCGUAUGCACAACGCAUCGCAGAAUGCCUGGAUACAGCCCUUAGUUGUGGUAUAUUUGUCAUAUAUAUAUAUUGGUCAUAUACAUUGGUCUGAUAUACCACGGCUGUCAGCCAAUCAGUAUUCAGGGUUCGAACCACCCAGUUUAUAGUUAAGCAAUAAGGCACGAGGAGGUAUAUAGAAAAUAUACCACGGCAAAGGGCUGUUCUUACGCACGAUGCAAAGCGGAAUGCCUGGAUACAGCCGUGGUAUAUUGGCCAAACACCACAAACCUCUGAGGUGCCUUAUUGCUAUUAUAAACUGGUUACCAACGUAAUUAGAGCAGUAAAAAUAAAUGUUUUGUCAUUCCUGUGGUAUACGUUCUGAUAUACCACGGGUGUCAGUCAAUCAGCAUUCAGUGCUCGAACCACCCAGUUUAUAAUUAUGUAUACAGCAUGGAUUUAUAUUAAAUAAACCAAAGUAGCUAAUUUGAUGGUUAUUUAGCCAUUAUUUGCUGGCAAAUAAUUACAGUUGGUAGUUUGCCAUAUGCCUUCUUAGCAAUAAGCAUAGCACAUACAGUAGUUAACAAUGUAAUAUAACAGUUGUAUAAAAACAGUUACGACCUGUGACCAAUCUAACAACUACCUUUUAAAGCAAGGCACAUCCUCUAUAAACAUGAACGUGAUUCCUAAGCCUAAAGGAGCAUAACUAUUGUCAAUAUUGAAUAUUUCUGUAAAUGUCUGUAUAUAGAGUGUAAUAAAUAUUGUUUGUUCUA